CCUGACAAUAUUUUCUGUUCUUGGUUGGGGAAAACUAAGUGGCCAGUAUCCUUGGCAUGGCUCUUUCCAGUAUCCUGACAGAAGCUGAAAUUGCUGCUGGUCUGCAGAGCUGUCAAGCUGCUGAUUCAUUUGAUUACAAAACCUUUUUUGUCAAAGUGGGUCUCAACUCCAAGUCCAAAGACGAAGUUGCCAAAGUCUUUGGAAUUCUUGACCAGGACAGGAGUGGCUUUAUUGAGGAAGAGGAACUGAAACUUUUCCUGAAGAAUUUCUCAGCCAGUGCCAGAGCUUUGACUGAUGCUGAGACCAGGGCAUUCCUGGCAGCAGGGGACAGUGAUGGAGAUGGUAAAAUUGGAGUGGAUGAGUUUCAAGCACUGGUCAAAUCAUAGUCAACAGUCAAGUAAAGACCAAGACCUAUGUGCCAUAAACAAUCUUCCCUAUUGCAAACCUACCAUUUAUUUACACAUUUUGUACCCUGAAAGGUCAUGAACAAUUGUUGGCAAGUGGUUUCAUAUUGCUGGAAAACAUCUGAAGUGGUAAAAGCACUACUUAAGCCACACUGCCAGGUGUUUUAAGCAGGUGUAUGCCACUGAGGGACUGAACUGGAAUCCACUCUUCACAUCUGAAUUUAGGGCAUUAAAGCUAUAAGCAUAAAUAUUAAGAGAAGAAAUAGAAAACAUCUCUGUGGGCCAUUGAAUUUUCAAUAUUUGCAUAAAUAGCUAGCAUAUGUUGUAAUAAAAACCAGAAAUAAUAACAUGUCCAGGUGUAAAACCUGUUUCUGGUAACCAGUAGCAGUGGUAUUCAAUCAAGAGGUAUUUUAAUAUUCCAUAUGUUUUUCUGUGAUUCUUUAUGCACGUGAUUGUGUUUCAGAGACUAAGUAUAUUGCAGAAGCUUGCACUAAUUAAGUCAUCAAUUUAAGAUCAACUGGAUCCAGGAUUAAUUUAGAUUUCUGAAACAGCAGUACAUUCAAAAUUCCCCAAGGAAUCCCUCACCUUCAUGCCCACCCGAUGGCACUAUUGUUCCACUGCUGAGAAGCUAAAACAGUGCUCUGUGUGCUCGAAUGAAUUCCACAACACUCCCGUGUCCCACCUGCCACUUCUGCAAAAAGCACUUGAAAAACACCAGUCCCAGUGCUCCAUAAGAGCAAAUGGGGGAAUGUUGCCUAAAUAAUCAACAUUCUGCUGCUUUUCUUCUCAGCACUGAGAAUAACACAAUGCCCACAUCUCACAGGGGUAUAAAAUGCAUCAAUGUUUGUAAGGAAAGUAUCAUAAAAGGAAAAGUGCCGUAAAAAAUUGCUAUAAAAAUUGCUAAGAAAAUAAUAAUUCUUUUCUUUACAGACAGAUUGAAAUAGCUAAACAGACAUAAGGAAUGGGGAGAAUGAAAAAUUCUGAGUAGUUUCUCACUAACUGAAGUUCAUUUUGUGCCCUAGGUUAGGGUUCUGGUUGAAAAGUGCGGGUGUGAUGAUGUCACCACAACUUUGUCAUAGUAUAAACACACAGAGCAAUCAAACUGGGCUACAAAAAUGAACUCAUUGCUAAUAGUGUCUAAUGAAACACCACAGUGUAUCAGGGUUUUGUCUUAGACAUGUGACCAAAAUAAACACAUAGCCAAACAGCCUUUUUAAAAAUCUAGAUGGCUUUAACCAUCCCAAACAUUAGACU